AUGGCUUUUGUUAGAGUUGAAGCUAAUACUCAAGAUGAAAAUCUUGACUUGGAGAGCCAAGAGUUUGAGUCAUUUUCCAAAAGUAUAAGACAUGGAUUUAUUCGCCGUGUAUAUAUGCUUGUAACUUUACAAGUAUUGUUUGAUUUGGCUUUAUCAAUAAUGGUUUUGCAUAUUCCACAAUUGAAAGCAUUCAUGAUCAGGAAUAUAACCAUAAUUCAAUUCACUGCUUUUGCUUUUGCAAUGAUUUCUUCCAUAUUAUUCUAUGUAUUGUAUAACUACAUUGAUUCAUUGCAAAAUCAUUCAAGUAAGAUGGCAUUAUUCUGUUUAAUAACGGUUUCAGAAGGAGUGCUUUUAUCACUUUUAACUUUAAUCGUUAAUACAAAGUAUCUGCUUAUGGCACUUUCAAUUACUUCAGUCGUUGUUAUUUCAUUAACUAUAUUCUCAUUCCAAACAAAAUAUGACUUUACAUCAUAUCAAUCAUUUGUGUUCUUUGGAACAAUUGCACUUCUAGCAUUCUCUUUCAUAUACAUGUUCUUCCCAAAGGUCAGAAUUGUUGAGUUGAUAAUAUCACCAAUUGCAGUUUUAUUCCUUUCAUUUUGUCUUGUGUAUGCAACUCAAAGUGUUAUUGGCGGGGGAAAACACAUGAUUUACGAGGAUGACUAUGUUAUGGCUGCUUUAUUGAUUCAUUCAUACAUUAUUGAUAUAUUCAUCUAUAUUUUGAGAUUUAUUAUUGCAUUUAAUUCUGACAAAUAA